CGCUGUGUAGUGCCGUUAGUUGUUUUAUCUGUGAACGCGCGAAACUUUUUUUAUCGAAACUGUUUGGAACGUUGUUGUAAAUGAACAGCAAGUUUUUCGAGUGCGUUUGAAGUGCAGGAACGACUGUUGAACACAGUUUUGUGAUCAUUGUGUUGUACCGUGAGUGUGGUUGUAGUCACAGGUGUCACAUUCCGAGGGGGACGCCGCAGCCUCCGCUCGAACCCGGUACCGCAGGUGGACCGCUACGCGAGGAAACCCAUUAAACUGUUAAGAUUCCAAGAUGGUGGUACGAUUAUGAUACGGCGCAAUAUUUAGAUGAAGCGGGAGUGAAUAGUUUAAGGAAUGCGAUUACAACGGAGUAAAAACUGCUGGUGAGAUGGCGCGGUGGACCGCGCUGCUCCGGCAUGGGCGAUCACCGAUUUGGCUUCUCAUCUUCUGCUUAUUGCAUUUGGCCAAGGCGACACCGGGACCAUGUGAUGUGGAAACCGGCCAAGCCAGCAUCAUCGUGGAUAUAGAGGAAAGCAGGGGAAAUCAAGUAAACCAAAGCACGGUACCAGCGGAGUUACCGAUAGUGGGAGAGCCGGGCGUGGAUGUAGUGCUGUCGACGGUGUUCCCCAAGGGCCCCACGCUGUUCCAGCUGGACGGCAAGCGCCUGCAAUUGCUGCAGCCGCUCGACAGGGAUGCUGAUAACCUCUCGCAUAUGGUCUUCCAGCUGGUUUGCCAAGUGAAAGCAACGAACCGACGGCGAACAACCACGGUGAUAGUCCGGGUGUCGGACAUCAACGACAACGCGCCGGCCUUCCAGGGAGUGCCGUAUGUGGCCAACGUGUCAGAGUUGGUACCGAUAGGAACCACGGUGUUCGACAAAAUUAAAGCAGUCGACAUAGACGCGGGUGUUAACGGACUAGCGGAAUACUUCAUAGUACCAGGAGAUAAUGAGACUCUGGAAGAAAGCGGGGCAGCUGACGGCUAUGGCUACUUCUCCAUACCGCUGCCGCACCAGGGGGUCGUCACCGUCAACAAGAGUUUGGAUUACGAGCGCACGCAGCAGUAUCUAGUCACUAUUGUAGCUUCUGAUCGUGCGCGCGACAAUAAGAAACGGAUGUCAAGUACGAGCAUGCUGGUUGUGAACGUGCUGGACGAUGAUGACCAGGACCCGUCCUUUAUCUACAAAGGUUGCACACUGCACACCGGUGCCUGCAUUAACCCGGAGUAUUCCAGCUAUGUGAACAGCGGCGUUUUAGCCGGUAUACUAACAAUCGAACCAGAGAAAAUCCAAGCGGUCGACAUGGACACCCUGGACGCUCGGAUCCGGUACAGCAUCAGCUCUGGCGAGCCCGAUUUCUGGGCGGAGUACUUCACCAUCGACCAAUACACCGGAGCUGUCAGGCAGCUCAAACCGGUCGACACUAGCGUCGCUAAGAAGUUCCAACUAGUUAUAACCGCCACAGAAGUAUCCGAGGCGCAACGCUACACCACAGCCAAGCUGACCAUCACAGUUCGACCCGUGGACGCGAACCCGCCUGCUGUCCACGCGUCCUCGGACGAGGGAGUUGAGGAGAACUCGCCGCGCGGGACCAAGGUGUUGGACGCGCAGGGCAAGCCCAUACAACUGACUGUCACUGAUCCAGACUUGGGCCCUGGAGACCAAAUACCAAAAUAUACAUUCGAACUAACGACCAACUUCUUCGAUAUCGCUAAGGAUGGCUACCUUGUCGUCAACGAUGACAGAUUGGAUAGAGAUCCCCCUAAUCCUGGGAAAAUCAGAUUCCAAGUUGUAGCUCGUGAAGCGAACGGUGGUGCUGCGUCGGCUCCCCUUUCGCUGGCCGUGCAACUAAUCGACCAGAACGACAACGCUCCGGUUAUACCUAAAACUCAGCCCGUGAUUGUACCCGCUAGUCUGGAACCUACUGUCGUCUACAAGGUUCAGGCGACGGACAUAGAUGAAGGCGAAAAUGCGCGUAUCACCUACUCUAUCUAUCACAUUUCGAAUAACGGCGGCAAUAAAUUCAAUAUUGAUCCUGAUACGGGAGUCAUUUCAAGCACCGGGCACCUGCAAGCGGGCGAGCAAUACAGCGUCACAAUACGAGCAACCGACGCACUCGGUCUGAGUUCACAGGGCAUCGUUGAGCUAUCUGUAGCGCCCGGACCUAAUAAACGACCUCCAGUAUUUUCUGCGCGGGACUACCAGGCGCCCGUCUCUGAGGGCGCUGCUAUCAACUCCACUGUGCUCACUGUCACUGCCAAAGAUCCAGAAAACGAGGCCGUGACAUACUCCAUAGCGUCUGGCAACGACUUGCGGCAAUUCGCUAUCGGCUCCACGACUGGCAUCAUUACCGUCAUUAGAAGGCUGGACAGAGAAGUCCUCACAAGAUAUCAACUGAUGAUUAAAGCAGAAGACCCCGGCAAGUUGUCCAGCACAGCCACAGUCAACAUCAAGGUGACCGAUAUCAACGACAACAACCCAGAGUUUGACGAGGACUCCUAUAAUUUCCAGGUCAAAGAAGGAUUGGCAGGCGAGUUCGUGGGUUACGUUCACGCGACUGAUAAGGAUGAGGGCGUCAACGCUUUGGUCAGCUACAGUCUGCCUCCACACUUGCCUUUCAGUAUCGAUAAUGGCACCGGAAUGAUUAGCACUAAGACUGAAUUGGACUAUGAGAAAACUAAGGAGUACUCGUUCGUGGUGACGGCGACGGACGGCGCGCUGGACCGGCGGCUGGGCACGGCAUCCGUCUCGGUGGCCGUGCUCGACGUGCCGGACGAGGCGCCCGUGUUCCCGCAACCGCUAUACUCUGUGCGAGUGCCUGAGAAUGCUCCCAACUACGCUGUCGUUAAAGUGCAGGCGGAGGACCCCGACACGAUGCCAGAGAUCACAUACACGAUAAUACGCGGCGAUACUGAGCUGUUCUCCAUCGACCGCAAGAGUGGAGUCAUCCGUACAUUACGUCCGCUCGACCGCGAGGCGGCCGCGCGGCACGAGCUCAUCGUUGGCACUGAAGAGAAUGAAAGCAUGCACCCAGGAGCUACUGCUACUGUCGAAGUCGCGGUCGAGGACAAGAACGACAACUCUCCGAUAUUCACAUCUGUGGUCCGCCCGGUGACUAUAGAGGACUCGUCCGCCAUCGGCACGCUGGUGGAAACGGUGACUGCUGUAGAUGAAGACGCGACUGCUCCUAAUAAUAGGGUGCGAUACAAGCUGGUGGGUAGAGGCAAGGCAUCGAAGUACUUCCAUGUGGAGCCUGACAUGGGCGCCGUGAGGGUACGCGACGAUCUCAGGAAGGAAACCGAUAGUGAAUACACAGUGGAUGUCCAAGCGUACGAUCAAGGGGAACCGAUGCUGUCAUCCGUGUCAAGCCUUACAGUUUACGUGAGCCAUUCGGCUACGGUACCUCCAGAUGUCGGCCUUGGAUUCGCUGAUACGGUGUACACAGAGCAUGUUGCAGAGAACUCUCCCAACGGCACAUUAGUUAGGAUCUUGCCUCUGCUGAACAAGAGAGAGCAUUCUCCUGACACCCCGCUCAAGUGUAAACUGACUGACACAUCUCAAAAAGGCGUAUUUUACGUAAAACUAACCGAAGACCGCGACUGCGCUAUCUACUUGAACACCAGCUCGCUCGACUACGAAACCCUCAACGAAUACUCGCUAGAAAUCCAGUUGGAAUCCAUACAGGGCCUCAUCAACCCCGAGAGCAGUAAAGCCAACGUUAAAGUACACGUUACGGAUGUGAACGACAAUUCGCCGACGUUCGUGGGCACCGACCAGUCCACUAUAGCCGCUGCUAAGGGGAAAUAUUACGCUAUAGUCACUAAGGAUAUGCCUUUAGAUACCGCCGUCGUGCAAGUUAAGGCCAAAGACUCUGACAGCGGAUCAUUCGGGAAGCUAGAAUACCAAAAAAAUUCAUGGACAAAGGCGGCCGAGGAGUACUUCAGUCUAGACUCAGAUACAGGCGUUAUCAGCAACAUCAAAACCUUCGAGAAUGUACCACAGGACUUGCUGCCGUUCAAGUUUAGUGUGACCGCGAGAGACAACCCUAAGUCUUCACAGGACUAUAACAUUGCCAGGGCUUCUGUUGUGGUCAACCUCCUCCAAAAAGAAAACCAGAUAGUAGUAGAAGUAUCGUCGCUAGACUCCGAAGCAUUACGCCGACGUUCUCGCAGCGUACUCGACGCCGUCGAGAAGCGAAGCGGGCUAGUCGCCGGCCUCGAGAAACUGACCCCCAGGCACUAUAUCGGCGAGAAUGGAACACUGGAGAGUGACAACCGGGGCACUGAUAUAUGGAUGUACCUGCUGGAUCCUAAUACGGGGAAAAUAUUGGCGAGAGAAUCUAAGGCUGUGACGAAAGCUAUCGACGGCGGUCUAAACGAAGCGGUGUCCCUCCGGCUGUCGGCGCCAGUGGAGCGCGUGCGGGCGCCGCUGGCCGCGCCGCCGCCGCCGCGCGGGCCGCAGCUGGCCGCCGCGCCGCUGUCCACGGCGCUGCCCGCCGCGCUGCUCGCGCUCGCCGCCAUCGUGCUCGUCGCCGCCACCGCCGCCACCGUCUACAUCUGCGCCUCGUGGAACAGAUAUAAGAAGCACAAGGAACAAACGAUGCAGCAAUACGGCACGCUUAGCAUGUCUAUGCCGCCGCCGCGCCCGGCCUCGGGCUACGCGUCCAGCGAGGAUGACCCUGCGCCCCGCUAUGAGACACAGGUUUUGAACAUGGCGGUGGAUGACGCGGACUUACAGCUCGACUUCAGUCCAAAUAACCAUGCAUUUAACAUACACAACGUGCAAUACCUUUCCAAAGACAACGGGGAACGCAGCCCAACGCUAUCAGAGACCGCGACCACAGCGCGAGCGUCAAGCGUGAACGAGAACGGCACGCUCAACAACCAUCACCAGUUCGACACGCUAGUCAACAACACGUUCGCGCGCCCUCAACACAACACGCAGACACUCAACAGGCGCGCGCCCAACAACCACGCACUCAACAAUGCGCUGGGCACGUUGCCCAGAGUCAACAACAACAAUGUGGGAGGCGGACUCCUCGCCACCACGCUGGGUAGAAAGAUCAACGGCAAUAAUCAUAAGAAGAAGAGCUCGCCUAUCAUGGCUUAUGAUGAUAUACCCGGAUUGCAGAGAGCAUCGGAUAAUGACAACGUGACGUUCGGAAAGAGGAACAUCACUGGCUACGCUUACGAUUCGCCAGUGGAAACUACAACGGAGCUAUAGAAAGUAUAGAAUAUUAAAUCUGUGCUUUGAAACAAGUUCAUGGUAUUUCAAGUGACUUUUAUAGUGAAUCUCAAACUUGUGGAGAGACUGAGUGUUACGUCCGAAUAUGAAGAACAAGAAAUUAUACGUAGAUUUAUAUUUUGUGUUCAACGAAUAUUAAUUAUUAGGCGAGGUGAGAUA